UCGGUUCAAACCUUGGUCGCCAUCUUGAUGGUUCGCGUUCAUGCUGGUUAUCGCAACGGUAUUUGAUGCUAAAUCGAAAAUUUGGUGUUUGGAAUGGAAAAUUGCAGCAGUUUCUUAUCGGAAUAUAAUACGCAGAUGUUCGGCACUAGCGGCACAUAAUUAUUUUUGCAGGGUUCACUAAUCGGUGGCUUAAAACGGAGCCGAAAUGUUCUAUUCCCAUUUCAUUUUGGCGAAAAAAGGUCCGCUAGCCAGAAUCUGGCUGGCGGCCCAUUGGGACAAAAAGUUAACGAAAGCUCACGUGUUUGAAACCAAUAUCGAAAAGUCGGUGGACGGCAUUAUAAGGCCCAAGGUUAAGUUGGCCCUAAGGACUUCGGGGCACUUGCUCUUGGGUGUAGUACGGAUAUACUCGCGAAAAGCCAAGUACCUUUUGGCUGAUUGCAAUGAAGCCUUCGUCAAAAUUAAAAUGGCCUUUAGACCCGGCAUGGUCGACCUUCCUGAAGAGCACAGAGAGGCAGCGGUCAACGCCAUUACGUUACCUGAAGUUUUUCACGACUUUGACACCACUAUGCCGGAGCUAAAUGAUGUUGACAUUGAGGCACAGUUCAGCUUGAACCAGUCCCGUGCGGAGGAGAUAACUAUGCGCGAAGAUUAUGGCAACAUUUCCUUGGUAAAUCACGAUGACGGGUUUGGAGAUAUGGGUUUCGAUACUGAAGCGCCGGAAUUCGUUAGACACGCGGGCGAUUUGGAACCGUCUAUGGAGCAGAGCAACCUGUUGUUCAGCGAGCCGGUCUUGGACACGGACGCGCUCGAUAAGGAAAACGAACCCAUACCUUCUACUUCAGGCACGCAACCCCACGAACAACCGAUGGAAAUCGACCCGUCUGUCCGAGACGAUACUCUGAUAUCUUCUGGAUUGUUCGAAGGGGGUCUGUUCGACGAGGCGCCUAUGGUAGACGUGCCACCCGUAGACGCGACCAUACCGGCACCCCAAGAUCUCGCCGGUCACGCGGACAGCGACGACGACGGCGACAUGGAUAAUUUCGGCGGACCGCCUUCGGUCGGCGGCAUGAGUUCUGACGAUUCGCGACCCCCGAUCUCCGUGGACCGGGCCCCAAGCGUCGUGCCGCCUGCUCCGUCGCCGGCGCCCUCUGCCCGAUCGUUGAGGUCGAUGCAGCAGACGCCAGCACCGACGGCGGCUGAGGCCGUCGCCGAGGAGGUUCACCACGCUCCCGCCUUGGACCAAACCAUCUUGGUGCACAACGACGAGGAGAGCUUCGCGCUGGCGCCCGUGGACACGUCGGUGCUUAAAGAUAUGUAUUAUCUAGGUGUGACCAAGAGCAAGAGGAAACGGAAACUCAUCAUCGACGAGGUGAAGAACAUAUCGGGCGAGGAGAUGAAGAACCAGCUGUCGGACACGAGCGACAUCAUCACAACGCUCGAUCUCGCACCGCCCACCAAGCGUCUGAUGCACUGGAAGGAAACCGGCGGGGUGGAGAAGCUGUUCGCGCUUCCCGCCCGCGUCAUACCCGCCAGGGUCUUGUUUAAGAGUUAUCAGCGCCAUCUGACGUUGAGGGCGAUAAGAACAGAGGAUUUCGCGAUGCUCGGCGACGCAGACUCGCUCGCGAUCGACCAGGGGCGGGACCACGAAGAACCAACGCCCAGCGUGGAAAUCACGCCGCCGCCCGCCGCGAGGCGCGGACGAAAGCGGAAAGUGGCGGAGGAGCCGAACCAGACGCCUCUUCACGUGCCGGAGACGUCGUUCCAGCCGUCGCCGAUCGAGGAGCCAUUGUCGCACCUCAUGCCGUCCACGCCCGCUGGUCUGCCCUUCCAGUCGCCCGUUCACCUCCAGCCGCCGCCCACGCCCGUGCACUUCCCGCCGCCCGGUACCCCGUUGCAGAUGGCGCCCGACAUGGCACCCGGCACUCCCCUCGCGCCGUUCAUGACGCCCCACAUGCCGGGCCAGCCUCCGCCUUAUCCGCAGACGCCGGCCCCGCCCACCCCGCUACACCACAUGCCCGACGACAUGCCCCACCUGCCGCCCGACCAGGUCCGGUCGAUACUGCAGGAACAGGAGAACAUGGGCAUGGUGACGUCGAUGACGCCCGGCGGGCCGGACGACCUCCUCGGGCCGCAGGACAUGACGACGGCGACGCCGAUCGAGCCGCAGCUGCCGCCAGAACCGCUCGAGCAACUUCAAGAGCACCUCCAGCCAAUGGAGAACAUGGGCUACGAUCAGACGCAGAUGGCGAACAUGGGGUACGAGGAACACGCGCACCCGCGCAGUCCCACCGGCGGCAUGUCGGAGCGCGCCCAUUCGCCGUGGCAGCCCGACUACGAUUUCCCCGCCUCCGUCGGCCCGAACGAGGAGCAGCAGGUCGACGAGACGGACGAGCAGUUCGAGGAACGAGUGCUCAACAAGAGAGCUUAUCAGCUGUUUUUGGCGGUGAGGACGCGUCUACAACAGAGCAACCAGAUGACGUUGACGGAAGUGUGCCAUCGGAACAACAAGAAACAGGCGGCGCAAAAGUUCUACAGUUUGUUAGUGUUGAAAAAGUUCCAGGUGCUGGAGCUUGAGCAGGCGGACGCGUACGACGAGAUAUUCAUACUGAAGGGGUUAAAGUUCGAGAACCCCGUAAUUUAGAGAUGUACGAUUUUACCAUGUCGUUUUCCCGGACGAUUUUUAUCUGAUUUUCCCCCCAGUCGUAAUUUUGUAUCUACAUUUUUUCUUUUUAAUUUUUUUACAUCGUUUUUAGAAACAGUCUUCUUGUACAUAGCAUUUUAGCGUGAAUUAUGUUGAGUCGCCCUUUUGCGUCGUCGGAACGGGGAGAAGAUACGCGUGUUUUUUUUUUCUAAUCACCUAGUUUACAUUGAAACUUUUUGCGAAAAAAAAAAUGGGAACAAAAUAUCCUUUCUUUUUUAUAAAUAACUUUAUACACCAAAGUUUGUUUUUUUUUUGGUACAACUUAGUUGUGAAUUGGGGAAGCGGAAUUCAAAAGGGCGGACGUAGGAUCCGCCCACUUCGCGCCCAAAAAGGCGCGAAGUGGGCGGUGCCAGUCGGAAACGGAUCUCGCAACUCGGUUUGAUAAGUUCUAGGCUAAAAACACAAACUAUUUAAGGGUCAAUUCUCGAAGCGUCAAAAGUACAAAAAAUCACCGUGGGCGUGGUCGGUUUCGGACCCGCCGGUACUUGGAAAUUAUCCGCGCGAGCGCCAUCUAACGGAGAUUUUAAAAAAACUCGCUCGAUACAUAUCGGAUCCAGAUUUCAAUCGAGGACCUCGCGUUGAUCGUUUUUGAGUUCCGCCAUUGCGUUACAUGCGAUGUAAACGUUCAAUUUUAAAAUAUUUUCAUAAUUUAUUUACCUUUAGGUUUGUCCUCGAAACUACCUUCCUUUCGGGGACAAGGCAGGAAAAAAUAUCGACGGUAACAUAAUUAGUUACGGAGUGGCACAGUUGCUCUUUAGAAUAUCGCUUCCUCUGUAUGUGACACCCCAUUUUGUAAAUUUGUUUCUUCUAGGAGUAGGUCAUAUAUUUGCUAAGAAGUUUUCUUUAAACAAAAAAAAAUAAAUAUUGUUAUUACAUUGAUAGACUUUAUAUAAUAAAAUAU